UUUGUCCCAUCGCAUGCAGCUUGCAAUGUUCUCGUCCAGGACACCGCCGCCGUUUAUAAGAUAUCCAACUUUGGACAUCCUCGCAACUGUACGCUCUCCGCACUCUUUCCGGCCGCUGUUUCCCUGGGAAAUCUGCGCAUUGGCAGCAAGAGUGUGCGGGCUCAGGAGAAAGUAAACUAUGAUUGUCAUUUGCUUGAGGAUCGCUUGGAGAUUGGAGGCUCCGCCGGGUUGGACAGCACAAGCAUGGAGCAGGCGAGCGCUGUCUGCGGAGCAACCGCCGAAUUGGGACCGGAGCAGGCAAUCUUUUGUGGCGUGACCAGUGUGCGAUUAGUGUCCACGGGACGCUAUCAGAACCAGGCAGCUGUCAUUGUACGAAAGGCCGAUGAACAUGAUCUGGACAUUGCCACACUCAUGUGUGCGCUCUAAGGAAGCUAACCAUGAUGAUGAUUAUGAUGAUGAUAAUGAUAACGGGGACGAGGCCGGCACAAUGAUUACAAUUUCACGUUUGUAAAUAUGUAUGUGGUUGGAUAUGUAUGUACAAA